AUGAUUCAUUUGCGUCGUCUUCAUUUUAUACUCUAUUUACCUGUUCAGACAAGACUUGAUGAUAUUGAUCUUUAUUGGUUUAACUUAGAUCAUCAUACUGUUGAGUACGAAAUAAAUGAAGUGAUAUUUCUUUAUACAAUUCCAUAUUUAUUAAAUAGUCAACGACGAGUGUAUAAUAAUAGUGUUGCACAACAAUCGACAAUUAAUAAUAAUAUCACACAUAUUGAAUGGAUCAUUGAUCAUGAUCUUUUAUCCAUUGCCAAAACUCUUCUUCGUUUCGAACAUGUUAAAUCACUUCAUCUGUUUUUUAAUAUGACAGAAAUGAAAUUAAAUCCAGAUUCUUGGCAUAUGAUACUUCCGUUUUUACGUUCUCUUCGAGUUAAUUUUCAACGGAAUCCUAUG